GGCUGGGUCAUACAGUGUCAAGGAUGGGUUGAACCUCGGCUCUGCUCUGGUAUAUGUGCAUACAUAAUUCAGUAAGGCCACUUUAUUGCCGUACAUCUGCGCUUGUUGGGUUAAUCCGUGCAAUAAGGCGCAGGUACUACACAAUUGGAAAAGUCCCAACGAGGAACAGCUCGUGCAAAUCCUGGGUCUACGAGUGAGAUCUCUAAAAGGGACGAACGAUCAAUUCAGGUAAUAGCGACUGCUCUAUACCUCUCUGGCAUAUAAAAGAGAGCGCUGUGGUGAAGAAAUCAUCAGUUUGCAAUAAGCAAAGCCAACGACAACACUAAAAUAUCAACUAUUAAAAGUGGACCGUGGAACAUCAUGAGCAACAUUAGCAACGACAGUGGACUGGAUGACUCUGCCAUCGGAGGAGCUGUCGCACAUCCCAAUGGCCCGGCAGCGACUCGUCUCUCCUGGUUUCUGGCCGAAGUGGAUGAGGGAUCGAUGAAGAACGGAGAGCCAAAUGGCCAGCCACAACUGUGUGUACUCCACUCCAUGGAGCUGUUGGAGUCGGAUGUCUCUGAAAAGUACAUGACCCGCUUCGUGGAGUUCCGGGUCAACGGCAUGGUGCUGGAGGCCAAACUCAUCCUCGCCGCCGAUGAGCGGCGGCUGGUGGAUGCGGCCUUGGCAUCGAUGAGCAAGGAGCAGCGGGAGGAGUCCAGUGCCAGGCAGCUCCUCGUGCAGUACACAGAGAACGAAGAGGCUGGCGAUCGACUGGUCCAGAAGUUGGUGUCCCCUAGCAACGUGGUCUGGCUAAGUACAAAGCCAGAGCUAAAGUGCAAUCCGCUGGUCAGUCUCGGUCCCGGAUGUAUUGCUCAUGUACUAUAUUCCUAUGAUCAGCGGGACUACAUGGAGAAGGUGCUACUUCACCUGAAGGCUCGCUGCUUUGAUCAUGCCUUCGAUGAGCAGCUGGACCUGCCGGUAGCCAUGGACGAUGAUACGUGGCUAUUGGUGCAGUAUAGUCCCGAGCCGGAGACCGUGGUCUACCAGGUCAUACAAUUCAGCCAGACAGUGUGGCGGCAGGAGAACCUCUUUAAAGACGUCAUUGCGUAUGUCCAAUUGCCGGGCAGCGAACUGGUCCUGCAGGCCGUCGUUAUUAGCUAUGGCCAGGAUCAAAGGGUGCAGCUGGCCAAGUACGAGGAGCUGCGGUGCUUUGCCAUGGAUCUGGACUUCCCGCUGCCCGAAGAACUCGAUCAACAACUCGAGCAGGGCAGUGGCACCGCCGCAUUGUUCUCCGGCACUAGCAUUUACCAAAGAGCCGAGGAUCGGGACGCUACUGGAGAGCACAAGCAGUUGAGGCGCAGUCUGGAGCAGAUGGGCGAGAAGGCCCAAAGCGAGGCACAAAUGAUAAUCGAUGCCUUCGAAAUGGUCGACAACAUCAACAAGAAUCUGCAGUGCCGCUUGGCUGGCGAUGUCCGACUGGAGAUGGCAGCCACAUCUGGAGACGAACUUCAUUAGUCAGAAUACUUUAGAUCGCUCUUCCCCACACCUUCUCAUUUAAGUCAUUACACAAAGUUUAAAACUGG